UUAGGUAGUCGGAGUAGUCGGACGCGUCGCUGCGCAACGGCAGCAUUUUCAGCGGCAUGCAUAUCGCUCGGGCAUGCAUAUCGCGGCAAUCGGACGUUGCAAUCUCGAGUGUCUCUCCGAGUGCAUAUACUUGUAUUUUGCACUCUCGCCGCCGGCGCGGACGGAGAAGGAGAAGGAGAAAGAACGGCGAGACGGGCUUUGAAUCUACGGCAGCGGCAGCGGCAGCGGCGAAGAGGAGGAGAGACUUGAGUGUAUAUAUUUCAUUCCCGCUGUUACGUGCAAUGCGACACUCCGCUAUUACGCGAUCGCAGAAAGUACACGCGGAAUGCCCGUGCUGGUUGUUGAGUCAACGGAGCCACGGCGCGGGGACUCGGGCUCUCUCGCCUCUCUCUUUCUCCUUCUCUCCGCCGCGUCUCCCACUCGGCGUCGUCGUCCACCACCACCUCGGCACGACACGGUCGACUCAUCAUCCGCUCCGUCCGUGUCCCCUGGCUCUAUGCUCCAAAGGCCACGCGCGAUAGUUCAGCCGUCGCGCCAGGACGGUAACGCACGCCCGCACCACGCGAGCCCGACACCAUCACCGAGAUGGCACCGGCCCUCAGCAAAUUCGCCACCAGACGCACGCUGGCCGGCGCGGCCGCCGCGGUCGGCACGCUCAUCUGGAUCCUGAGGAACCGCAGCAGGCGACGGACGCAGCGGACCAGGAACCAGUGGCCCACCGGCAACGAUAUUCAAUAUGUCAUCAAGGAGGAGAAACCGAAAACCCCUAAGGCGCAGGUCAACGCCGUCUUCUUCCGCAGGCUCUGUCAGCUGCUCAAGAUCGGUAUCCCCGGUGUAUUGUCGCCGGAGUUUGGCUUUGUACUCCUGGUGGCGACCGCCCUGGUCGGCAGGACCCUGUGUGACUUGUGGCUGAUCAAGAAGGGCACCGUGAUAGAAACGUCGAUUGUCAAUAUGGAUGGGCCAUUGUUCAAGCGGCAUUUGCUGAAUUUGUUCGCCGUAGUGCCGAUGAUAGCGAUCGUAAACAACAUACUGAAGUAUGGUAUAGGCGAAAUGAAGUUGAGAUUGCGUACAAAUAUCACGCGUUAUUUGCUGGAUCAUUAUCUUAAAGGCUUUACCUACUACAAAAUGAGUAACCUGGAUACUCGAAUUGCGAAUCCGGAUCAGCUACUGACUACGGACGUCGAUAAAUUCUGCGAAAGCUGUACAGAUCUUUAUAGCAAUAUAGCGAAGCCUUUAUUGGACAUCGGUAUUUACGUGCAUAGAUUGACAACUACUCUUGGCGGACAGACGCCGCUCUUGAUCCUCUCGUAUCUGGUAGUAGCUGGUACCUUUUUGACUCAUCUUCGCAAGCCGAUCGGAGCAAUGACAGUCAAAGAGCAACGACUGGAAGGAGAGUAUCGUCAUAUCAAUUCAAGAAUGAUUGUCAACUCGGAAGAGAUAGCCUUUUACGGAGGAAACAACAGGGAGAAACUGACGGUGUUAGCUAGCUUCUACAAACUCGUGACUCAUCUCCGUCAAUGCUUAGAAUUUAAAGUCUUGAUGGGCGUUAUUGAUAAUUUCGUUGGAAAAUAUUUCGCGACCGUGGUCGGCUUCUACGCGGUGAGCAUACCCUUCUUCCAAAAGAACCACCCCGUGCUCUCCGGCACGCCCGAUCACAGGUUCAAAUCGUAUUACACGUACGGCCGGAUGAUGGUGAAGCUGGCCGAGGCGAUCGGCCGAUUGGUGCUAGCCGGCAGGGAAUUGACGCGUCUGGCGGGAUUCACGGCUCGGGUCACCGAGAUCAAGACGGUCCUCGACGACCUGAACGCCGGAAAAUACGAGAGAACGAUGGUCUCGGAUUACAAGGAAAACACGAUCGGUUAUCCUGGUAACGGCAAAAUCGUGCCGCGCGACAACAUCAUACAUUUCGACAACGUUCCCCUGGUGACGCCGAACGGAGACAUGCUCAUCAAGGCGCUGUCCUUCGAAGUGAAAUCGGGGAUGAAUGUGCUGGUUUGUGGUCCGAACGGUUGCGGCAAGAGCUCCAUGUUUAGGAUCCUUGGCGAAUUGUGGCCGACUUGGUCCGGCACUAUUACGAAACCACCACGCGGUAAGCUCUUCUACAUUCCGCAACGUCCUUACAUGACGCUGGGCACAUUGAGGGAUCAGAUAAUAUAUCCCCACACGAAGGAAGAGAUGAAGAGACGCGGUAAACAAGACGACGAUCUGAAAAAGUUCCUGGAGCUGGUGCAAUUGACCCAUUUGUUGGAAAGGGAAGGUCUGAACAGUGAAAAACACGGUUGGGACGCGGUAGCUGACUGGAUGGACGUCUUAUCAGGUGGCGAGAAACAACGUAUAGCAAUGGCUCGGCUGUUUUAUCAUAAACCGCAAUUUGCGAUCUUGGACGAGUGCACGAGUGCCGUCAGCGUCGACGUCGAGGAUUCCAUGUAUAGAUAUUGCAAACAAGAGAACAUUACGCUGUUCACGGUCUCGCAUCGUCGCUCUCUUUGGAAGCAUCACGAGUACUACUUACAUAUGGAUGGCCGAGGAAGCUACGAGUUCAAGCCGAUCGAACAAGACACGAUAGAAUUCGGAUCGUGAAUUCGUGUGUCCCUUGUAUACGCGGAAACGCGCCUGCGUGCGAGGGGCAUCUAAUUUAGCCUAAUUCAGCUCUUUUUUUGUUUUAUUAAACAAUUAGGGCGCGAUUUUUGAUAGACGAAAUUUCAACUAUUAUUCAGUAGUUUUAAUAAUAGGUAAAGUGCAAAAUUAUCACGACAAAGACCGUUGUUGUUGAGUAUUAAAUAUACAUAAUUCACAGGAUGCCUUACACACAGAAUGUAUAUGUAUUGUACAGGAUGUAUUGUGUGUAUAUACUAUACAAUUAGGCACCUGAAGUAAAGACAAAUAGCGUGAUUGCGGUUAUUUUUGGCGCUAUCACUGAUUCUUCCACGCAGGUACGUAGUCAAACCUGCCAUGCACAACGAUAUAUUUUUCGAUCGAUAUUUUUCUACGGGAUAAUAUAUUCUUAGCAAUAUAUUCUCGAUUGUACCUUGAGCUUGAAACAUAUGUGAUGUCAUCAUAAAUGACUUGAAAUUUUGUUGGAUCCUCGGACCCUUUGAGAUAUAACUGUAAAUAUACCCAAUUUUAUAGUGCCUAGAGUUUUCCAGUGUAAAUUUGAUUAAUUACUAAUGAUCACUUGAUUUUCUAUUUAGCGAAUACUUGCCAAACUAAACAAUGUAAAUGAUACAUAUAAGAUCGAAUUAAAAUCGCGAGGUCUUACUAACAGUUGUAUUAUAUCGAGGAAAGUGUAUAUAUAUGUGUACAUGACAGGAUUUAUUGUAAAGUACGUUUUAUAAGAAUGUAAUUAUUAAUAUCGUUUAUGUGUGGAUCGCAUAUAUGUGAUUCAAGCGAAAAAAUUAUAUAAUGAGAUUGCUGAGCAAUAAGAGGAUGAUAUAAUGAAGAAAGACUUAUUGUAAAUCCGGAGCAAAUUAAUAUCAGCAAGGCAUACGUAGGAAAGAUGCUUUGAGGUACUAUAAUUUGUGAUUCUCUUUCUUCUACAAUUGCGAUGCAAUUGUAGAUCUUUUUCUCUAUUUGACAAAGUUAUUAUAAAUGAUACAUUAUUCCUAUUGAUAUAUAGAAGAAAUUCUUUUCUUUUUCUGCUUUAUAACGUAUAUACAUGUUCGAAUAAAGUUGAAGUAUUCUAUUCUUUACAACAACUUUGUCAUAUUCCGAAAAACUUUCUCUAUUACAAUAAAUUGUUUGCUAUAAUUAUUAAGAAAAUGUAUACGAUGGACUCGGAUUUAUUAAAAUACGUUAAUGAGUUUGAAGUCAAAUAGAAACUCUGGAAUCAAAAUGUUUUCUUAGCGCAAAUUUCUAUGAGGCUAAUAAGUGCAAAGAUAUUUUGUAAAAAAUAAAGAGAUUUUUCUAAUCGA